UUUGAGCGCAGGAGGGCGGUACGAGCACUAGACUGAACCAGAACUAGCUGUACUGGCAGACAGCAAAAAAAAAAAAACUGGCUACGUGAUAGCAAAAGAGCUUUGAGCACCGAGCCGGCGAGAAGGUAGAGAAGAAAAGUGGAACGCCACCACGGAUUUUUUGUGGGAUAAACGUACAGGCCUCGCUGCUAAAACGAUGCCUCACACAAGAAGGUACACGUCCUCGGACAGAGACAGUCGAGGCAGCUACCAAGACCGUUACAGAGAUAGAGACAGAGGGCGAAGACAUCGGCACAGAAGAUCACCAACUUACUCCUCCAGCAGUGACAGAGAGCGAGACAGAAGGGGACGUGGACACAGACAGGAAGGAAGCUUUGUACGGUCAAGGAGUCGCAGCUAUGACAAUCGCUCAACUGAACACCGACCGUUUGACAGAAGGUACUGCGAGGGAUACAGACGGUUUGAUCAGAGCCGAGACCACGACAGAGACAGGGAGCCACACGGAGCAGCCGAAAGUUAUUAUCCUCGUGACUUCUCGCCAAACAUGUACGACUACAGACGCGGCCGUGAGAGGGAGCGUGAACGGGACGAGUCGUACCGGCGGAAAGGCAGCAGGCGUAAGCACAAACGAAGGCGGCGUAGAACCAGGUCCUAUAGCCCAUCCUCCUCGCGGAGCGACAGCCGGACACGGGCACUGAGUGUGAGGGACGACGAGGAAGGGCACCUGAUCUGUCGGAGUGGGGACGUCCUGCAAGAGAGAUAUGAGAUCGUCAGCACUUUGGGGGAAGGCACCUUUGGGAGGGUGAUGCGGUGCAUUGACCAUCGCAGGGGAGGAUCCCAUGUUGCUCUGAAAAUUAUCAAGAAUGUGGAGAAAUACAAGGAAGCAGCUCGCUUGGAGAUCAAUGUACUGGAGAAGAUCAAUGAAAAGGAUCCCGAUAAUAAAUAUCUUUGUGUACAGAUGUAUGACUGGUUUGACUACCACGGUCACAUGUGCAUCUCCUUUGAGCUGCUAGCUCUGAGCACCUUCGACUUUCUGAAGGAAAACAACUACCUGCCCUACUCAAUUGGUCAGGUCAGACACAUGGCCUACCAAAUCUGUCUUGCUGUGAAAUUUCUCCACGACAAUAAGCUGACACAUACAGACUUAAAGCCUGAGAACAUCCUGUUUGUCAACUCAGACUUCACCAUGUCGUACAAUGUAGAGAAGAAACGAGAGGAACGGACUGUUAAGAGCACGGCAGUACGCGUGGUGGACUUUGGCAGUGCAACAUUUGACCAUGAGCACCACAGCACCAUUGUAUCCACACGCCAUUAUCGUGCCCCUGAGGUCAUAUUAGAGCUGGGCUGGAGUCAUCCCUGUGAUGUAUGGAGUAUUGGCUGUAUCCUGUUUGAGUACUACUUGGGCUUCACUUUGUUUCAGACUCAUGACAACAGGGAGCAUUUGGCUAUGAUGGAAAGAAUCCUGGGACCAGUGCCCUCCAGGAUGAUUCGUAAGACUCGGAAGCAGAAAUACUUCUAUCGUGGUCGUCUGGAUUGGGAUGAGAGCUCCUCUGCGGGAAAAUAUGUGAGAGAAAACUGCAAGCCCUUACGGCGGUAUCUGCUGUCAGAGGCGGAGGAGCACCACCAGUUGUUUGACCUCAUUGAAAGCAUGCUGGAGUAUGAGCCUUCCAAAAGGCUUGCGCUGGCUGACUCUCUAAAACACCCUUUCUUUGAGAACCUAGGGAUUGGUGAGGCUGCAGGCAGCAAGAACUGGGAGGGCAAUCGCGACAUCAGUCGGUGACCCACAACCUUCCAAAGACUGAAUGAUGAAGGGUUUAAAGUCCUUUCUGUGUGGAGCAGUGGGAACUGUUGAAUAAAUCGGGACCUCAUUUGUCAUUAAAGCAUGGACACUUUCUCGCUCCUGUGACGUCAGCCACCUGAGGACGACGCGCGUUUUUGCAGCAGAGACUAAAAUAAGCCACAGAAGAUGGAAAAGAGUGAAAUCAGUCUUUUCUAGUUCUCACAGCCUCAGUAGAGGCCAAAAGAAAAGUAAAAAAUCUGAAAUGGAAGAUUGUUUGUAUCCAAAGUAGCCCACUAUGCAGCUCCUGUCUUCCUUUAGACUUCCGAACCACCUUCCAUCCUUUCUGUUUAUGUUAUUUUAACCAGCAUGUAAAGAAAAUAAGGAAAUACUACCACAGUCUGUCAUCCAAAAAAAAAACAGCUUUGGAGAUGAAGUCUUCCGAUUCUGAAGGAUGAAAAAGGAGACACAGAGCUGUAUAUGCAGCACAAAUCUGCAUCCACAUAUUUUAAACAUGGAGAAGAGAUUCUGUUACACAAACAUCAGAUCAUUCAAAUUGGAAAAUAUUGCAAAUAUCUCUGGCAGAGGCAAGUGUCUCAACUUCAUGUUAAAUAUAAGGCUUGCAUAUAGUUUUCUUGUUUUAUAAAAGAAAUUUCCCCUGUAUGGAGACUCUGCCAUUAAUUGGUGGGUUUAUUGCUUUUCACUGAUAAUGAGAUGAUAAUGUUGACCAACACUCCACUUACACAGGGCUUUGCAGCCUCUCUUAUUGAUAAAUAUGUUGUCAUGCAAUGAUUUCUGGGUGUGAGAGUGUGUCUGUUAGGGGUGUGGAUGGAGUGGGUGACAUGUUCAUGUUUUGCUCAGUGGUUUAGUUAAGCAUUACUUGUGGGAACACUCCCACUGAUUUAAACACAAAUAACUCACUGCCUUUUCCAUGUUUGACACUUUCAAACCUGACGUCUCUGUAUCAAAGUGAAGCACACAGCCCCUGUUGAUGGUAUUUAUUAUGAAUUCUUAUAGGUCAUAGUCCCCAAUGCCCACCUGUUCAUGACUUGUUUGUUUGUUUUUUUGUAUAAAAUUAAAGCGUAUGAAAAUGUAUAUAUGUAUUAUUGUGUAGAAUUAAAGUCCUCCUUGCCAAAGGC